AACUCGGAAUAUUGCUCCAAAACACAGACCGCAAAUGGAAUCCUGUUGAAAUCGAAAAGAUCUGCAAAUUCUCAUCUCUAAAUUGCAGCAUCAAACAUAAGACGUGUUAGGGCAGUGGUCGUGUGGUAUGUUUGUUGGUGCGUUUCUAGUCUAACCAUAGUGCAAUACCAAAUUUUGCCCACCUUGCCGUGUGUGCAACUCAAUCGCCAUGCGAUUUCCGACCUUCCUUAAAUCGCUGCUCCUCGGCGUUCCUGUUGGCGUGACGCUACUCGACGCUGUUGGUUAUGUGGCUCGCGUCGAAGGUAUUUCUAUGCAACCCACCCUCAACCCGGACGCCACCGUCACGGAUUAUGUGUUCCUUUCGCGCUGGGCCGUACGAAAUAUGGACGUGCAGAGGGGAGAUGUAAUUUCCCUGAUCUCACCCAAAGAUCCCAGUCAGAAGAUUAUCAAGCGUGUUGUCGCACUCCAGGGAGACGUGAUCGCCACGCUAGGAUACAAAGUUCCGUACGUUAAGAUACCGGAAGGACACUGCUGGGUCGAAGGGGAUAAUACAGGCAACUCUUUAGAUUCGGCAACAUUCGGUCCAGUUUCUCUUGGAUUGGUAACGGCCCGAGCGGUUCACAUCGUUUGGCCUCCGUCACGGUGGCAGCAUCUUCCUUCGACUGUACCGAAAACGAGAGUUCCUAUAACACUGGGUAAACGAUCGGCAGCCGAUGGCAGUAACGGCUCAAGCAAUAGUCACACGGCUAGCAGCAGCAGCAACAGUAACGCUUCUUCCAUUGUUUCUCCUUAAACGAGACAAACCGACUGAAAGUAAUAUCCUAUAAUUCUCUUGUAGUAAAAUUCCCCUAUCUCCAUAACAAAAGAUUCUGUAUAUUGACUAAAGUUC